AUGCGUGGUCUCCACACGGCCGGUGUCUUACUGACACCGGCUCUGGCAGGAGCUAUUUCUGCCGAGGACUCAAUUCCUCGAGCCUUCAUAUCUGUUCCUCUUCCCGAAGCCGUCGACUCGGCCCCGAGUCGGGAUUUGGUUUUCCGAUUCGACAUCAACGAGUCUCAGGAUGCAUGUGGAUAUGGGAACGUCACUAUCAACGGGCAGAAACUAUCAGAGGAUGGCAAGGGCCCCUUAACCUUGGACGGGGAUCGCGUGGUUGACGCCUCUUGGAACUUCACCUGUGUGACCUGGAACGACAAGCCCCAGGAGCAGUUGCUAAGUCUUAAUGUCGACCAUGUCAAUGGCCAGACUGUCGAUGAUGCUGGCUUUACCAUACGUUUCCAGCAAGUCGCACCCGUCUGGAUAUCAGAUGUCGAAGGAAGUGCUUCGAUGACCCGUGUCCACUCAAACCGGCAGGGCCAACCCGAGCCUGACUGCGACGACAAGGAGCUCGAUCUCGACGCUGAAUUGGCAGAGUUGGACUACUUGAGGGUGCGGCGUCGUCAAUCUAUGGAGGCGGAGGGGGACCAGGGCCUCAUGGGCCUCACGGGCCGGGUCCUCAUCCUCACCGUCCAGGUGACGAGCACUGUGGCGGCCCUCAUCACUGCUUUGGAAAGCCCGGCCAUGGGAACCACACCGAGAAUGGCACACAUCCUUACCCGCCUCCUCCUCACGGAAAGAAGCCUCACUUCCCUCACCCUCCACCCUUCUGCAAGUGUGGGCUGCCGCCGCCGCCGCCGCCGCCGCACCAUGGUGAGCACCCACCUCCACCACCACAUCACGGUGAUCACCCGCCUCCUCCUCCGCCGCCUCCUCACGGGUUUUGGCCUGCUCCGCCGCCACCGCCACCGCCACCACAUGGCGAUUUCCCGCCGCCUCCUGGUCCCGGCUUCGGCCCUCCUCCACCUCACCACGGCGGUCCUGGGUUUUGGGAGAGCCUGUUCGGAUUCGUCCAUCCACAUGGACCCCCACCGCCAAUGCCUUGGGAACGGCCAGACUCGGAGCACCCGUCUCCGGACGGUCAUUCGCAUCACGGCCACGGCCACGGACACGAGGGAGGACCACCUCGCAUGGGACAUGAGGAUCACCACGGCCCUCCUGAUGAAGAUCGCGAGGAAAAGCACGGUCACCACGAAGGUCACCAGCAUUCCAAUGAGCCUGAACGACUCGACGAACCCAAAGGCAAGCCCGACAACCUGGACCAUGACGAUCACAAGCCUUCCGACGAUUUCAAAGGACCUGAGACCAAGGCCGAGGAGCAAGAAACUGGCAGCAAAGACGGGCAUCUGCCUGUGGCGCACUCUGAGAAGCCUGAAGAGUCCAGGCCCGGACGCCCCGACGAGCAUCAUCACUCCGACCUGCCCUGGGAGGCUGAGCUCCGACGGGAUCACGACCACAGGCCCCCACCGCAUGACGGUCCACAUGAUCACGAUGAGUUCCACGGUCACCACCCUCCCCCUCCUGGGCCUCCGCCCCCUGGUCCCCCUCCACCUGGACCUCCUCCGCCUCCUGGACAUCACCCCCAUGGCCCACCACCUCACGCGCUACGUCCGCAAAUCCAUCAAGUCGCCCCGCGUCCGCCGGAACUCCAGCGCCCCAUGGUACAAGAGGCUCUGCUUCGGGCCCAACUACUCCGAGCUUUCCGAGGAUGAGGAGAAGGAGGCCAUGCUCCGCAACUGUGGCGACUCUGACUCUGACUCUGAGGAUGACAGCGACGUCGUCGCCAGGGAUAUCUCCCAGUUCAGGACGGCGGCCGACGUAGUCGGCGAGAUGGUAGCCGUCGAGGAGGCACGCAUGGUGGCACACUCGCGCCAGCCGUCCUUCUCUCCGGCCCCUGCGCCGGUGCCAGCACCCGUCCCAGUACCGCAACAACAUAUGCAGCAGCAGCACAUGCACCCCUACAUACCCACCCACCUCAUGCCCACCAGCAGCAUCCCAAUGCCAUUGCCAAUGCCCACAGGCCAACUGAGCCCCGACCCAGCCACCAUGGCCGCCAUGGCCGCCAUGUUCCCUGACCUAGCGCAAGAUCUUGACAUGGGCCUGGGCCACCGCCAUGGAGGCGGCGUCGGCGAGGUGCCAGGCGAGGAGCUGCCAGCCUACCAGGAGGCCGACAGGCAGAGCGAGAGCGACGAGUCCGAGUUCGCGUCCAGCAUGGUGACGGACGGGUACAGGCCCGGCUGCUCCGGCUCGUCGUACACGCCGAGCGAGUGUGGGUCGCAAGGGGCUGGUGAUAUACUCGGUGAUACGAAGAACUAG